AGUCCUUUUCACGGUUUCAUUCCGUCCGGUGUGUUUAUCCAUAGUGUGGCCAAGUUAUCUUCUGUCGUAAAUACAAAACGGUUUUAAAUUCACAAAUCAAUUUAAGUUACUCGUGCUUUCAACCAACUCAUUUUUAAACAAGAUGGACAACCAAGGUUUUUUGAAAGACAAAGUGGGUUUUGCUACUAUCGCCAUUCAUGCCGGCCAGGACCCGGAGAAGUGGAACUCAGCAGCUGUCGUGCCCCCCAUCGUAACGUCGACAACGUUCAAGCAGCCGGCGCCUGCAGAACAUACCGGAUUCGAAUACGGAAGAUCUGGUAAUCCUUCAAGGAAUACGUUAGAGGAAUGCCUAGCAGCUCUCGAUGGAGGCAGCCACGCGGUGACGUUUGCUUCUGGUUUGGCCACAACCAACACAUUGGUGGCAUUGCUGAACAAAGGUGACCAUGUAUUAUCCAGUGAUGACGUGUAUGGCGGCACAAACAGACUAUUCAGAAAUGUCUCGACAAGACAAGGCAUUGAAGUUUCUUUUACAGACUUUACGGAUAUAAAUAAAGUGAAAAAUGCCAUUCAAGAUAACACGAAAAUGAUUUGGUUAGAAACGCCGACGAACCCUUUGCUGAAAGUGGUAGAUAUUGCGGCAGUGGUCAAAUUGGUCAAGAGCAUUCGCGGGGACAUUCUAGUUGUGGUCGACAACACUUUCUUGACAUGCUACCUGCAAAGACCGCUGGAAUUUGGCGCAGAUAUAGUGAUGUACUCAUUGACAAAAUACAUGAAUGGACACUCUGACGUCAUCAUGGGGGCUGCGAUUGUUAAAGACAGCGCACUCAACGAUAAACUAAGGUUUUUACAAAACGCAAUGGGAGCAGUUCCAUCGCCGUUUGACUGCUACUUGAUCAACAGGAGUUUGAAAACAUUAGCACUAAGGAUGGAGCGACACAGAACGUCUUCUUUGGCGAUAGCUAAAUGGUUGCAGAAACACCCUAAAAUCACUGAAGUUAUGCACCCAGGUUUACCCACACACCCGCAAUACGAAAUAGCGAAGAAACAAACAAGUGGACACUCUGGCGUAUUUAGCUUCAACCAUUCGGGUGGUCUCAAAGAAUCCAGGAAGUUUUUGAUGUCGCUGAAAGUAUUCACAUUGGCUGAAAGUUUGGGAGGAUACGAAAGUCUUGCUGAACUACCAUUGCUAAUGACACACGCUUCGGUACCGGCCGAGCAGAGAGCAGAACUUGGAAUCACGGAGUCGUUGGUUCGCCUCUCCGUAGGGCUAGAGGACACUGAGGACCUGAUUGAAGAUUUGAAGCAGGCUCUUGAUGCCAGUUUCUGAGAUUAGCAGAAAUGUUAUCGUACAUCGACAUCACAUUUCAGUGUUACAGAACUUUUAUGUUGCAAAAUACUUAACACCUAGGUAACGCUUGACUCAGUCAGUGCCCGAGGUAUGGGAGAGGCACGGGAGGGGGUUUUUUGUAACGUCAAACGUCACAUUUUUAUGCUCUUUUAUGUCAAAGUCGAGAGAGAAGACUCUUUUAUGUCUUUUUAUGCCUAACCUAACCUAACCUAACCCCACCCGUGCCGCUGCCAUACCUCAGGCACCGACUGAGUUAUGCGGUAGAGGUAGACCUACUAAGCAACGUUUAGAUUAAUGCGCUGUCGUCUGUAAUUUGACACAUAAGCCGCCGGCCGCUUUAAAUAAAUUAGUUUUUUUAUUGAAUUUCUAAAACUAUGCCACUAAAGCUAUGCCAAUACAAUUGAAGGAAUUUCCCUUUGUUUUAUAAGUUCACAUUAGAAUUCAGUAAUGUUUUUUAUUCAAUUUUAAAUUUUUAAUAAUAAAUAUCGGUUCCUACUAUAAGUAGGUAACAAUUUUAAUUAUAAUUUUUUCACAAGACCUAGAUAAAAUUUAGGUUUUUUAUUAGAUAAUGAACAUGAACGGUUUUAACCACAUUGUGAUUUUAUUUAAAGAAACUUCAAUUUUAAUUAUUUAUCUUAUUUUGUACAGUAUUUCUAGCAUCAGUGAUAUGUCUGCAUUCCUUAAGAAACUGUUUCAAAUAGAAUACUCAAUUACAUGUUAUCAAUUCAAUAAAAUUAAAAGUGCUGUUAUGUGUUCGUCCCUACUCGCCUGAGAACGGCUGGACCGAUUUGACAAUAUUUUAAAAUUAUGUAUCACAAUAGUCUGAAUUGGGGUUUGUGCUCGAAUUGUACAAACAAAUUGGAAGAUUCCCGUUUUUUUAAGGGGAAAAAAUUAGGUAUUUUUAUAUGCCAUUUUCUACCAAUAUUAACGUCUAUCGGAUCAGCAAUAACGCCUCUAUUACAUGUUCAAAAACGACAAUAUUAGACUAAUUUUAAGAUCUGAAAUACAAAUAACUUUAUGCACUGUUAAUCU